AAAAGCCGGAAGCCGGGUUAGACAGCCAAGGCUUCCGAGUCCGGCGCAGGGUCCCUGCCAGCCCCGAGGUCGAGCUCGUCCCCCAGCCUGGUCCUUCGCCAUGGCGCUCAGUGACGCUGACGUGCAGAAGCAGAUUAAGCACAUGAUGGCUUUCAUAGAACAAGAAGCCAAUGAGAAAGCAGAAGAAAUAGAUGCAAAGGCGGAAGAAGAGUUUAACAUUGAGAAAGGUCGUCUUGUGCAAACUCAAAGACUGAAGAUUAUGGAAUAUUAUGAGAAGAAAGAAAAGCAGAUUGAGCAGCAGAAGAAAAUCCAAAUGUCUAAUUUGAUGAAUCAAGCAAGACUCAAAGUCCUCAGAGCAAGAGAUGACCUUAUCACUGAUCUACUAAAUGAAGCAAAACAGAGACUCAAUAAGGUAGUUAAAGAUACAACCAGGUACCAAGUGCUGCUUGAUGGGCUGGUCCUCCAGGGCUUGUAUCAGUUGUUGGAGCCCCGAAUGAUUGUGCGUUGCAAAAAACAAGAUUUUCCUUUGGUGAAGGCUGCAGUGCAAAAAGCAAUUCCUAUGUACAAAAUUGCCACCAAAAAAGAUGUUGAUGUCCAAAUUGACCAAGAGGCCUACCUGCCUGAGGAAAUAUCCGGUGGAGUUGAGAUCUACAAUGGGGAUCGCAAGAUAAAGGUUUCCAACACCCUGGAGAGCCGGCUGGACCUCAUAGCCCAGCAGAUGAUGCCAGAGGUACGGGGAGCCUUGUUUGGUGCAAAUGCCAAUAGGAAGUUUUUGGACUAAGCCUUUGGGAGGUGCCGUUCUCCGAUGUACUUGAGACGAAGCAAGACUGUCUUCGUAGCUUCCUCUUUCUGCUCUACUACUAGUCUGUAGCAAUCAGUGAUGAGCUCUGUAGCUAAUGCCCUUGGCCUAAUGUUAGGGUGGGAGAAGGACCACCCUGGGUUGGUUCUGCCGCAGGAAGGUGAGGGGUCAGGUGGGGUUGCUGCACAGUCUCCAGGAACCUGUUCUUUGCCUGCCCCAGCUGUCUAGGGGUAAGGUGCUUGCUGUCCCCCGCUCUCUGGUGUAAAAUGCAUGUGAGUCUGCUUUCCUGCUAGCAUCACUAGCUUUACUGUUGCUAUUUAGGCCUAGAAGUUUUCCUUUUCUGCAAAUGUGAUUUCGAGUCUAAGCCUUGAAUAUUCUUUAUUUAUUAAAACAAAAGUUUUAUGUUGA